AUGCAUUGGUAUAGCAAUCAAAAGAAUUUUGUUAGAUGGGCCGGAUCUCGCUCGGAGGAGUACAGGCUGGAAUGCGGGGUGAGGCAGGGGGGGUUGACCUCUCCCACGCUCUUCAACCUGUACGUCGACCGAUUGAUCGAUGAGCUCAGCAACACCGGCAUCGGGUGUCAUAUAGAUGGAGUGUGUGUGAAUAAUAUCAGCUAUGCAGACGAUAUGGUGCUGCUGAGCCCAUCGAUUGGUGCCUUGCGCGGGCUCCUGAAAAUUUGCGAGUCCUACGCGGUGGCUCAUGGGCUCAAAUACAACGCGAAGAAAAGUGAAAUAAUGAUUUUCAGACCAGAUAACAAGCGUUACAAUUUUGUUCCAAAUUUCACUUUAUGUGGCAUAGCUCUGAACAAAGUCGAGCAAUUUAAGUAUUUGGGCCACUGGGUCACUGAGGACCUUAAGGAUAGUGUGGAUAUUGAAAGGGAGCGUAGGGCGCUGUGUGUCCGGUGCAACAUGUUGGCACGUAGGUUUGCACGGUGCACGGGGAUUGUCAAAGUUGCGCUCUUUAAGGCGUAUUGUCAGUCUUUUUACGCCUGCGGCCUGUGGGUUGACUUCACGCAGCGGACAUACAGCGAUCUGCGCGUUCAAUAUAAUAACGCGUUCCGGGUGCUGAUGGGGCUGCCGCGGCACUGCAGCGCUUCUGCGAUGUUCGCGACUGCUAACACAGACGGCUUUCCAGCCAUCAUGCGCAAACGGUGCGCUUCAAUCAUGCGCCGCAUGCGCGACAGUCCCAACGGCAUCUUGUGCGCGCUGGCGGAUCGGUGGGACUCUCCGAUGCUGGCUCGCUGGAUAAGGCUGCAUGCAGUUGUAUAG